AGUAAAAAAUAAAUCAAAAAAUCAACGCCAGUCGUAAGAUAAUAAUUAACAAACAUCGUCACUGCGACGUAAAGCUACUGUACAGCUGAGAAAACUACAUGGCUCUGAACAAGUCCAUGCAUCCUCGGAACCGGUACAAAGACCGUCCACCCGACUUCACUUACCUGGCUUCCAAGUAUCCGGACUUCCAGCAGCACGUGCACACCAGCCUCACAGGACGACCUGUAGUGAAUUUCAAAGAGCCUGAGGCGGUACGAGCGCUGACCUGCACACUGCUAAAGGAGGACUUUGGUUUGACCAUUGAGAUUCCUCUGGAGCGCCUCAUUCCCACUGUUCCACUGCGCCUCAACUACAUCCACUGGGUGGAGGACCUCAUUGACGGCCAGAAGCGGCCACGCAGAGGCAUCGACAUCGGUACUGGUGCGUCUUGUAUUUACCCCUUGCUGGGAGCCACAAUGAACGACUGGUACUUCCUCGCCACAGAGGUGGACGACAUCUGUUUUGACUUUGCCACGAAAAACGUGGAGCAGAACAACCUGUCUGACCUCAUCAAAGUUGUCAAAGUUCCUCAGAAGACUUUACUGAUGGACGCCUUGAAAGAGGAGACAGAGAUCAUAUAUGACUUCUGCAUGUGCAACCCUCCUUUCUUUGCCAACCAGCUAGAAGCAAUGGGCGUAAACUCCAGGAACUCGCGCCGACCUCCUCCCAGUUCAGUGAACACAGGCGGGGUGACGGAGAUUAUGGCAGAGGGUGGAGAACUGGAGUUUGUCAAGAGGAUCAUUCAUGACAGUCUGCAGCUCAAGAAACGCCUGCGGUGGUACAGCUGCAUGUUGGGGAAGAAGUGCAGCCUGGCACCUUUGAAAGAGGAGCUGAGGAAGCAAGGGGUGCCAAAAGUGACGCAUACAGAAUUUUGUCAGGGACGGACCAUGCGAUGGGCGCUGGCCUGGAGUUUCUAUGAUGAUGUGAUUGUUCCGUCUCCUCCCAGUAAGAAGCGUAAACUGGAGAAGUCACGGAAACCUCUGUCGUUCACGCUGCCAGAGGCGGGACUGAAGGAGCUCGAGGUCAAAGCCUUAGCAAUCGGCUGCACCGCCUGCAGCCCUGUGGACAGUAUCACCGCUCUGCUGGAGAGGACACUCACUGACCUGAGGGUGCUGCACAAACGUCUCCCCUGCAAACAGCAGGAGCAGAGUCUCUUUGUGACAGCCGUGGAGAACACUUGGGUCCAUGGUCGUCAGAAACGUCGCGAACAGAAGCGGCAGUUGCGAGAGCUUCCCAGAGCGCCUCGCUUUGUUGGAACAAGCUCUCAAACCAAGGUGGCCUCAGCUGCUCCGACGAUAAUCCCACUCCACCAAAACCAACCAGCUUCCGCACAGAACAGUAACAUUCAUCAAGACGGCACCCACAACAAAACCACAACUGCACAGGAGCCAGGAGAACCGCAGCAGCCGCAGCCUGAAGCGGGGAUCAACAAUGGUUCCUCCUCAAAUGUAGCUAACAAAGAUGUAACGGAGAGCAAAAGUGGAGAAGAAAAAGAAGUCUCUAAAGAUUUGACCAGUGCUGAUUUGGACAUGGAGUUUACAGGCUCCAGUGUAGCAUCUGCUGUGGCGUGUGACCCUCAUGCAAGGAGACCACAGAGCCCCAGCACAGUCAAACACUUCCUGUUCAAGUGUCUGCUGAAUGUGAUGCUGGAGGCGAGUGAUGUGGUGAUUGAGAUGCACUGGGUCGAAGGUCAGAGCAAAGACCUGAUGAACCAACUGUGUACUUACCUGAAAAAUUCACUUCUAAAGUCUGUAGCAAAGUCCUAAAUGCUAAGAAAGAAAACAGUACACAGGUGAGAAACAACAACAAGUAAAAUUCCCCAAACAUUAUUUUUAGACAUUAGUGCUUGUGUCUGUUGGGAAGUUUUUUAGAACAUUUAAAAUGUUGUGUUGUUGUUGUUUUUUCUGUUUGUAACUGUAUAUUUUCAGUUUUUGAAAAGUUCAAGACUGUGAUGGUUUAAAAAUCACUCUUGCACGUAUCAUCAGUUUGUUCAGAUGUUCUUGUAUUUGAUGGAUUACUUUAUGGAUAACACAUUUGGAAUAAAUACACAUUUUAUAUUUCCUUUUU